AAGGACACGGGCUACGCAUCGUGUUACUGCUUGCUACUGCUUGCUGCUUGCUGCUUCUGCUGCGGCUGGCCGUCAGAGAACUGUCCGUUCUGCCUCAACCCGGCUUGCAUCAUUCUACUUUUCCCACCCUCACUUUCUUUUGAGUUCAGCUCUGCGGUCAACCCGUGUCUGCCAUCUCCCGUCUGGCCUCUUCCCAAGGAGGGCACAGCUGAUACGAUACGAGUCGUUCUGGGCCGAACAUCCGCGAACCCCAGACAGAAGCCUCCCAGGCCUCCCAAACGAACGAUCCGUCCAUUCAUCCAACGUCUCUUCUUCCACCACCGCCAAUCGCCACUACCACCACACUUUGUAUCCUCUUUAUGCCGUCUUUUCCGCCGUCCCUCUGCCGUUGAGCGUGCAACAUCAUCUUGGGACGAAAACGAAACUUUGCGCCGCACGUCUCCUCUCUCUCUCUCUAUCUCUCUUCUCUCAGCUCAUCUCACGUAG